AUGUCUUCCUUCAACGUCGUUGUUUUCGGUGGUGACCACUGUGGUCCUGAGGUUACUGCCGAGGCUGUCAAGAUUCUCCGUGUCGUUGAGAAGGCGCGCGGUGUCACUUUCAACCUGCAGGACCACCUGCUCGGUGGUGCUUCCAUCGAUGCCACCGGCUCUCCCCUGACCGAUGAGGCCCUGACUGCCGCUAAGAACGCCGACGCUGUCCUUCUCGGUGCUAUCGGAGGACCCAAAUGGGGCACUGGCGCCGUCCGCCCCGAGCAGGGUAUCCUCAAGCUGCGCAAGGAGAUGGGCACUUUCGGUAACCUGCGUCCUUGCAACUUCGCUGCUCCCUCGCUGGUCGAGAGCUCCCCCCUCAAGGCCGAUAUCUGCCGUGGUGUCGACUUCAACAUCAUCCGUGAGUUGACCGGUGGUAUCUACUUCGGUGAGCGCAAGGAGGACGAUGGUUCCGGAUACGCUAUGGACACUGAGCCCUACUCCCGUGCUGAGAUUGAGCGCAUCAUCCGCCUCGCUGCCAACUUGGCUCUGCAGCACAACCCUCCCCUCCCUGUGUGGAGCUUGGACAAGGCCAACGUCCUCGCCACUAGCCGUCUCUGGCGCAAGGUCGUCACUGAGGUCAUGGAGAAGGAGUACCCCCAGGUCUCUAUCGGUCACCACCUCAUUGACUCUGCUGCUAUGUUGAUGAUCAAGGACCCCCGUAAGCUGAACGGUAUUGUUGUCACUAGCAACCUGUUCGGUGAUAUCAUCAGCGACGAGGCCAGUGUCAUCCCCGGUUCUCUGGGUCUGCUGCCCAGUGCCAGUCUGAGUGGUAUCCCCGACGGCAAGAGCCGUGUUAACGGUAUCUACGAGCCUAUCCACGGAUCCGCCCCCGAUAUCUCCGGCAAGGGCAUUGUCAACCCCAUUGCUGCCAUUCUCUCCAUCGCCAUGAUGAUGCAGUACUCCUUCAACAUGAUCGAUGUCGCUCGCGUGAUUGAGACUGCCGUCAGCAACGUCAUCGAGGCCGGUGUUCGCACUGGCGAUAUUGGCGGCACCGCCAAGACCACCGAGGUCGGUGAUGCCGUUGCCGCCGAGCUUGAGAAGCUCCUCAAGUAA